AUGCUUUCUUUGAGGAAUUUAUUUUUAAAUUCUGCUAACACAUCUUCCAUCGAUGAUUUUAUCAUUUCCGUCAAAAAAAUAAUUAGCCAUGCUGAUCGGACUUUGAGGUGUGUUAAUCAAUUGAACCUAUCUCAAGCCACAACACUUUUGCACUCUUUUUCAAUUAUAAUUUAUCGCAAUUUUCAACUAUUCACAUGUUUAACUGGCAGGAUUAUAUCUCUUUUGAAUUCUGAGCCUCCAUCAGUCCGUGAUUCCAUCAAAAUCAUUAACUCCUGUGGAAGAUUGCAUUAUUCUGACUCACAAUUAUUCAAAAUACUAGUUAAUUUUAUUAAAACAAACUUAGAUAAUAUUAAAUCGAAGGACUUGGUCUCUAUAUUACACUCUCUUACAAAACUCAGGUACAACGACCAUGAGCUAUUGUCUGAGCUCUCCCUGGUUCCUCUCAGAGUCCUGAACGAAAUAAACGAAAUUUCCCUGGCCAACUUUAGCAUCUCAGUCAGCAAAAUUUACACCCAUGAAAAUACAACAAAAUAUGAGCUAUUAAAUAAUGGCAAAAAGGUACUUUCUCAGUUGCUCCCUGAGAUCAAGUCCAGAGCAUCAAUUAGCUCUUCAAUAGAUAAUGUGAGACAUAUAGUCGCUUUGUCAAACAUGAAACACCUGCUUAAUAACGAGGAGGAAUUAAAUGAGUGUAUCGGUCAACUAAUGAAAUUUAUCAACCCAACGGUUUUAUAUUAUGAACACUCGGUAGUCCUACUAGAGUGUUUAACGACAGCUAAUUGCCUUGAGCCGGAACUAGUUGAAAUCUUGCUUUCAAAUCUCCUGAACAAAAGAACUGAAACAAAUUCAACUCCAGAGCUUGACUUGAGAAUUCUCAAUUGCCUAAAAUCAAUUCCACCAUCAAAUAAGGCCCACCAAUUUUUAAUGGAACAAAUUUUGGACAAUUUGUCAAACAACUGUAAAAUACACCCUAGGUUCACCAAACAAACAUUUAGUCUAAUCAACUUAAUCAAAGCAGACCCAGAUCCAUUUCUAAAGAAUCUGGAGAACUUUGUACAAAAGAAGGGGCCAAAAUUUGACCAGGAUACAAUUUCAAAAAUAAAAGAAACGAUCGAGAAAUCGAACAGAAACUGGAAAGAACUAGAAUCAAGCAUAGAAAACUCAUAA